AUGUUCGCUUUCUUAACUUAUAAUGUGCUCUCUGAUAGAUAUGAUGAUAACUUGAUUGUUAGUACUAAGUAUCUUAGAGCUUAUUGGAGUUUCAAUUCUUACCUUGAUUGGACUUGUUUCGAUAUCCAAUAUAAUGAACAAGCAGACAAUAAUGGAUAUAGUUGGGUUCAAACAACCUUCGCAAAUGGUGGUUGGUUCCCAGUCUUUACAGUAGAUGAUAACGUUAAAACAAAACUUCUUUGGAAUAAUCGCGGCAAAGCCAAUUACAAAGGAGUAUAUGCAGAAACAAAGGUUGAAAAGGUUCCCCAACUUGGUGAAAAAUAUCUUCUUAUUAAGUUCGAACUUACAAACAAGGACUCUCGUCCACAUACUGUUGGUUUAUCUUCACACACUGAUGUCCAGAUCAAAUAUAAUGACUGGGCCACUUGUUAUUGGUAUGGUGCCCCAGCACAUAGAGGUCUCACAAUGAAAGAUGAAGGUUCAGGAAUUACCCUCACAUUGCUUGUAAGAGGUGGCUACCAGGUUACUGAUGCUGAUAAGUUCUGGUUUGGCCGUUGGAGUGGUCCAAGGGGCAACCUUCACUAUUUUGAAAAUUACACAUCUGAUUCUCCAUCCAGAAAUCAAGAUUCAGCAUUUUCAGUUAGCUGGCAAGGACACCAUAUAUAUCCAAAUCAAACACUUACCUUCUCUGUUCUCAUGGGUGUAGGUCAAAACUUAAAGAAUCCAUCUAUUUUGACUGUUAAUGAUAACUUCCAAACUAACUAUAAUCCAAAUGCAAAGGUUACAAUCAGUGGUACAGUUGAUGACUUUGAUAAAAAUGAAAAUGUCGAUGUUUACUACGAAUUCAACGGCGGUUCGCGUCAACAUGUUAAACACUUCAGAACAAACUCUGGUGGAUACAUUGAUAAUGGCAAUUGGAACUUCGAAAUCACCCUUGGAAAUGAUGUCAAUAGAUAUCCAAUUAAAGUUUAUGCCAUUGAUGAAUUCGGCCUUCAAUCUAACGUAUUUGAAAGGGAUCUCCUUGUUAACGAAAAACCAAGAGUUGUCUUCACAAAGGUACCAUCUGAAGCCUACUACUUAGGCGGUGUUGUUGUUGUUGAAGGCACAAUUUGGGAUGAUACCACAGCAACAAUUAAAUAUCAAGUUGGUGAAAAUGGAUAUAUCUGGGAAACAGGUCAAAACUUCGACUGCCGCAGAUCAACUUUGCCAUUCCGUGUAUCAUUCCCUAUCCCAGAAGAUUAUAUACAGUUUGGACACCAUAAUCUGUACGUCUGGGCUGAAGAUGAAUUCGGCGUUAAAUCAGAUACAAUCUCCACUCCUUUCGAAUAUUCGGCGAUGCACGCUCCAGAAAUUUCAUUAGUUACACCACAAACUGAAAUCCCAACAGUUUGCAGGAAUCAAAAAUUUUCAAUAUAUUUCAAGGCCAAAGAUCUUGAUGCUGGUCAAACAGUUUUCGUUUAUUAUAAAUUACCAGAACAAGAUCCAACAGCACCACCAAAUCAAUAUUUCAGCUUCAAAGUUAAUGAUUAUCCAGAUGGUAUAGAAGAAUCGUAUGAAUACACAGUUCCAAAUAAUUUCGAAUUUGACCAUGUAUAUGAGGUCAUUCUUUUCUGUGUCGAUAGCGCAUCACCUCCAGCAAACUCUGCUGACUUGGUCUAUAAGUUCAAGGUUGUUAAACAACCAACAGUUACUCCAUCACCAAUUCCAAACCCACCACAAGAUACAGAUAAGUAUACAAAUCAACCUGACUCAAGUUAUUCCGGAUACAUUUCACCCUCUGAUGUUCCAACAACAACAUGCACAUCAGAUGUAGAUGUCAAUGGUGAUUCAUAUGAAUGGUGCUACCUCACAACAACAACAAUUUACCUUAAGACAGACAUUCCACCAGCAACACCAGAUCCAACACCAAUUCCACCACGAACACCAGGCGAAACUCCUGCCGAAACACCAGCACCAUCUGUGAAAGAGGAGAAUCCAUGGGAAGACAAUGCACAAGUCGGCUCAAGCCAAAAGUCAAAGACAAACAAGAAGAAGAUGAUCAUUAUCGGCGCCGCUGCUGGUGGUGUCGCAGCAGUAGCUGUUGUUGCAGCAGCAGUCUUAAUCCAUGAAGCUAUCAAGCCACCGAAAGAUUUCGUUUUCAACGAUGAAAACGGAGAAUUUGUUGAAGUCGAUGGCAAUGGCGCCAUGGAGAAUGCGGAGAACCCAAUUUAUGAUGAAAAUGGAGCUGAUGAUCCAUUCGCAGACGAAUUCGAUGAGGAUGAAGCUCCAGUUGAGGGAAUCUUCCCUGCCUAA